AUUACAUUUAUUGAGGUUAGAAAGGCUACGAUUCUACUAUGUCCGCAGAGGAGGUAAACAAUGAUGAAAACUUGGAAACUAAACCAGCCGGAGCUGACAACGAUCACAUCAACUUGAGAGUAAUCGGACAGAACAACAGCGAAGUUCAUUUCAGAAUCAAGAAGACCACCCAGAUGAAAAAGCUUAAAGCUGCUUUCUGUGAGAGACAGGGUAUCCCUAUCAACAGUGUCCGUUUCCUCUUCGAAGGACAAAGAAUCAAUGACGAACAAGCUCCCAAAGAUUUAGAGAUGGAAGAUAAUGACACCAUAGAGGUUUACCAGAACAAACUGGCGGCAACUAAACAGUAAACAUCCUUCGAACACUCGACUCUUUUAACAAAUUAUAUUUGAUAAUAUUUUAUUGUUUUUUAACCAAUCAAAAUUGUUAUUUUCCAACAGAGGCAGAUAGGGUAAGCUGCAACUUGUGUGCCGUCUUUGUUUAAUUUGUUAAAAGUUUUUAGUUCUUCACCAUUACUUUAAAGUAAGUACUUUACCAUUACUCUGAUAUCUAACAUCUGGAUCAGGUGUCGUAGAACACAAUCACAGUACCAACCCAAUCUAAACAGCGUUUCAUUAGGACGAGUUGCUUUUCUAAUUAAGAACGAAUGUACUAUGUAUCUAAUGAUAUUUCAUCAUUAAAUUAUGCUUUGUCAA